AUGGCGUCCUCGGGCAACGUCAAAGUUGUGUGCCGCUUUCGGCCACAACUCGCCAACGAGCUCUCCAAGGGUGGCAACUCGAUUGUCCGAGUCGAUGCGGGCGGUACCGCGUGUCAAAUUAAUGGCCAACGCAAAGCGACCUUUUCUUUUGACAAAAUUUUCGCAGAUGGUUGCACUCAGGAGGAGGUCUACGACUAUGCCGCCAAGCCCAUUGUGGAGGAUGUCCUCAAGGGCUACAACGGCACCAUCUUUGCCUAUGGCCAAACUUCCUCCGGCAAAACUCACACUAUGGAAGGCCCAAACGUCGACAGUGAGGAGCGAGGCAUCAUCCCGCGUAUUGUGUACAACAUUUUCUCCUACAUUGAUUUGGCUCCGGAAACCCUCGAGUUUACCGUCCGUGUCUCCUACUUUGAAAUCUACAUGGAACGCAUUCGGGAUCUCCUUACCGACGGCAACGUCAAUCUGCAGAUUCACGAGAACCGUGAGCGAGGUGUCUACGUCCGUCAUGCUACAGAACUUUACAUGCAGGAUCCAGAGGACGUCAUGGCCGUCAUGCGCUCUGGCGCCGAGCGCCGUUCUGUCGCUGCGACAAACAUGAACGACCACUCGUCUCGCAGCCACUCGGUUUUCCUCAUGGAAAUUACACAAAAGGAUACAAUCAAGGGUGGACUGAAGACAGGCAAGCUCUUCUUGGUCGAUUUGGCCGGUAGUGAGAAGGUUUCCAAGACAGGCGCGGACGGUACCGUGCUGGAUGAAGCCAAAAACAUCAACAAGUCCCUUUCGGCGCUGGGUCUCGUCAUCAUGUCCCUAACCGAGGGUGGAAACCGCCAACACGUUCCUUACCGUGACUCAAAGCUCACGCGCAUUCUGCAGGAGUCUCUGGGUGGCAAUGCCCGCACGACCAUGAUCAUUUGCUGCAGCCCUUCCUCUUAUAAUGAGCAAGAAACCAUCUCUACGCUGCGCUUCGGUCUGCGUGCCAAGAAAAUCAAGAACAAGGCCGUUGUGAACGUCAAGUACAGCGCCGAAGAGCUUGAACGCCAGGUGUGUCGUCAGAAUCAAACCGCAUCCUUCUCGGUCGCAUGUCGGUCUUGUGACACUCAUGUGCGGCUGCUUUCUCUGCUGGCCCGAUGA